AUGGCAAGAACCAGAUCUAAAGGUCCAGCUUCACCCGUAGCGAAUAAGGCAAAGCAUCCAAGCAAAGUUGCAAAACCCAAAAGUUCAACAAAGUUAGCUACCAAGAAGGACUCAAAAUUAAAAGCUGAUGUUAAAGAGGCAGCACCAGUUGAAUCUAAACAAGAUGCUCAGUCAUCGGUAAUAAGCAACAAGAUCACCAACAAAGCUAUUUCAGAGCUCAAGAGUUUUAUAUCUAGGGAAAAGUCUAAAAGAGAAGAAGAAGCAUCUCAAAACCCAUCCUCGAAAUCUCAAUUGUUUGAUGAUGAUUUUGAUGAUUCCACGUUAACCCUUAUUGUUGAAUCAAAAAAGUUUUUCAGUUCAAAACCUCAAUUCAAACCAAAGACCAUUAAAUUAUCCAAAUCCAUAAACGAUGGCUCAUUAAAAUCCUGUUUGAUAAUUCGUGACCAACUUGUCAAGUCGGAUCAAGAAAUCGAAAAGAUUGAAGAUGCAAACUUGCCCACAAUCUCGCAAAUUUUACCCUUACAAUCAAUCAAGACGGAGUACAAACCAUUCGAAAAGAGACGUGAAUUGCAAUCUAGUUAUGAUUUGUUUUUCGUUGAUGAUGCUGUAUUGAACACUUUGCCAAAUUCGUUGGGCAAGAUUUUCUAUGAAUCAAACAAGUACCCACUUCCCUUGAGAGUUACUACCUCAGCAAACAAUAAGGAAUUAUCAUUGAUAACUUUAUCAAACCAAUUGGAAAAGAUAUUGUCCAGUACGAGUUAUUUACCACCACAAGGAACAACCGUAUCCAUCAAAAUUGGUUACAUCAAUGGUGAUUUUACACACGAGGAUUUAAACAAGAAUAUAAAUGCUGUUGCUUCACACUUUGAUCUUGAUACUAUCAAGUCCAUUAUGUUGAAAACACCAACCUCCCCUGCAUUACCAUUGUAUUACACUGAUAAAUUGUACAAUGAAGAUGAUAUAUUUGAUGAAAUCAAGGAGGAAGAAACGUCUAACGGAGAUGAACUCUCAGCUUUCGAAAAGGGUUUGUUAGAAUUAGGAGAUGCAGAUACUGUUGCCAAGGUGAUUGGUAAAAAAUUGGGAGAGAAAAAGAGGGCCAUAGCAAAGGGAAAGGUAAGUAAAUCUAGAAAAUAG